CGCCGGGCCCGGCCGUUGGGGCAGGGCGCGAGGGAGCGGCGGGAGCGGGGCGCCUCGGGGAGCCGCAGCCGUCACACGUCCGGAACCUCGGCACCGGGUUGUGAAGAUGCUCCGCUGGCAGCGUAGCGCAUGAAGCAGUGUGACCCAUGCUCCAAGCAGCCCCACGGAAGUAGCGCUCUCUCCUCCCGGAGAGGCCUAACAUGCAUGUUAUGAAUUGUCUCUCCCUGGCCAAUGACAAGGAGAAUGGAGCUCUCUCGGUGGCGGCAGGAUUGAUGAGCGAGGACCCGCCAGCCUCCUCCCCGCCACCCCCGCCGCCAUGCCCCCCAGCAGGGGCACCCCCUGCUCCACCGCUGCCCCCGCCUCCACCCCCACUGCCGGGACCCAGCCUGCCGCUGCACCCGCAGCUGACCAACGGGCACGAUGGCCACAGCAGGAAGAAACGGAUGCGGAGUUUCUUCUGGAAAACCAUUCCUGAGGAACAAGUCCGGGGCAAAACCAAUAUCUGGACGAUUGCUGCGAGGCCACAGUACCAGAUCGACACCAAGACGAUCGAGGAGCUCUUUGGGCAGCAGGAGGAAACCAAGCCACCGGACCCAAGGAGCCGGUCAUUAAAAGCUUCUUUUAAAGAGACUAAAGAGGAGGUUUCCAUUUUGGAUGCAAAACGAAGUAUGAACAUUGGGAUAUUUCUCAAACAAUUCAAAAAGUCUGCUGAAUCCAUCAUUGAAGAUAUUUAUCAUGGAAGAAGUGAGCCCUAUGCUUCUGAAUUGCUGAAUGAAUUCCUUAAAUUAUUACCAGAAGCAGAGGAGGUAAAGAAAUUAAAAGCCUUUGAUGGAGAUGUAUCAAAACUGUCUCAAGCCGAUUCCUUCAUGUAUUUGCUAAUCCAGGUGCCAAACUAUGCUCUUAGGAUUGAAGCCAUGGUGUUAGAGAGGGAGUUCUCACCCUCCUGUGCUUCUCUACAGGAUGACAUGAAAAUUAUAAGACAGGCAACAAAAGAGUUAAUGACUUGUGAGGAGCUGCAUUCCAUAUUGCACUUGGUCCUUCAGGCUGGGAAUAUUAUGAAUGCGGGAGGAUAUGCUGGCAAUGCUGUUGGAUUUAAGCUGUCAUCACUGCUAAAGCUGGCAGAUACAAAAGCCAACAAACCUGGGAUGAGUCUGCUGCAUUUUGUUGCGCUGGAAGCCCAAAAGAAAGAUGCUGCUCUUCUCAACUUCUCAGAGAAAAUUAGGGAUGUUCAUGAGGCCGCCAGGUUAUCAGUUGAUAACGUCGAAGCAGAGCUCCACUCACUCUCUUUCAAGACAAUAUCUGUUAAAGACAGCGUUCGACGAGACCCGAAACUCUUUUACCAGAUGGAAAACUUUCUGCAGUUUGCUGUGAGACAUCUAAAGGAGCUAGAACACCAGAAACGAGAAUUAGAAAAGGAAGGAAAUGCUCUCAUUGACUUUUUCUGUGAGGACAAAGAAACUAUGAAGUUGGAUGAAUGUUUCCAGAUAUUUAGGGACUUCUGCUUAAGAUUCAACAAGGCUGUUAAGGAAAACAGGGAACGAGAGAUUCAGGAACUUCAUAAUCUGCAAAGGCGAAAGGAGCUGGAGGAGAAACGUCGAUCCUGGGCCGCUGGAGAGCUUGGAAGCUUUGGACGGAGCAGCAGUGAAAAUGAUGUGGAAAUGUUGGCCAAAAAAGGACUCGAAGAGUUUCUUCCCUUCUUGCAGCAGAGACCUCAAAGCCCUUCAUACAGAAACCCCAAUUCCAAACGCUCUCGACUUUCUCUGGGGAUUACUGCAGACAGAGAGUUGCAGAGUUUCCUGGAAAUUUCAAAAGAAGAGGAUCCCAAUAAAUUUAACAGCCUUCCCCGUGCAAACACCCGACCAGUAAGACCCAAUGUAGCCUGGACUGAAUCUGAAGAAACUAGAGAUCCCAAUUUAAAUACCUUGCACUUACACCAACAGUCUGAAACCAAAGGGAAAAAUGGUGGUCUGCGGCAGCUGCGUCCAGCACAGUCCAGUCACUUUGGUGGCUCAACCAGUACAGGUGCCCAUUAUCCACAGCGAAGCACCAACUGCAACAUGCAUGCUUCCAAUGCCUCUUGUGAGGAGUCUGCUGAUAUAAAUGCUCUGGCCCUUGCAAUUGAGGAGCACGAACUUGUUAAAGGAUUAAGGAAGUUUGAUAUUCAAGGAGCAAAGCCAGCAGAAGAUAUGCCUCUAAUAUAUUUAGAGGAUGUUGGUGGAACAGAUGUGGAGACUCUUGAUGAUCUAAGCUUGCAUUCCCUUAGCACUGCUGAUGACGAUCUGCCUCCAGCUUGCAGAAGCUCUAGAGAGGCCCACAACCAUAAAGGCAAGGCAGUGGGUUGCAAGAGUGAAACUUCAGAGCCUGGCAGCAGCAGCCCUGUGUCGAUGGACACAAGUAUUUCAGGAAGUAGGGAAGAUGGGCCAAUGUUCUACGUGUCAGAUACUACCACUGACUGUUCUUUGACACUGGACUCUGAAGAGGGGAAUGACUGUAAAUCAUCAGGCAAUGAAGUAAGAAGUGAGGCUGGCAAAACACGCUCUUCUGUUAAUGGUGCUCAGUACAGGCCUAGAACACUCUUCCCAAACCUAAAUUCAGCUUCUGCCAAGGAUCCGUCUCUUCACGCUUCCACAAAUGAUAAGGACGAUGCCAACAGCAAACACUCGCUUUCUAAAGAAAAAUCUGUAAAAAAUAAAGACCCAGUAGGACCAAAGAGAAACUCUCUAAAAGACAGAUCUCCAAGUUCCUCAAAAUCCAGUGGUACUCGCCCUAGCCACACAGCUUCUUCCAGACCUGUUAGAACUUUGAAUGCCUCUGAGAAUGAAAGUAUGAGGAAAGUGGUGCCUAUUUCUCGGUCAAACAAAGCACCAACCAGUGUGAAAAGGCCAGAAGCCAAGCCGGCGCUUCGUGAGACUACUACAGUGGAAAGCCGCCUGUCUCGUCGCAGCUCUGUCCGAGGCACUACAGACACACUGCCAAGAAGUCCUUACAGGCACAGCAUGUCAGUAGAAGAGCCAAGGUUACAGAGGGGGACUGUCACCUCAAGCAGCGCUCAUUUUGAGAGGGACAGAGUUGCUCUCAAGAAGCCAGCCUCUAAACCUGCUAGGAGUACUGCAAAAUCGAAGAUGGAUGAGACAAAGAUGUGUCGCUCCAGUGUGAAACCCCAGACCCCUGUAGAUGACACCAAAGUUAGCCCUGUCAGUGCUCCCAAAACACCAUCCACUGUCCCCAGCUUUGCAAGGAAUACAGUGGCUUCUUCUUCAAAGCGUGCAAAAGUGGAUCUCUCCACCUCAUCCAAACCUCCAAGCAUUACCAGGUCUGUGUCCCAGAGGCUACCUAAAAUGAAGCCAGCAGCAACCUCUGAUGAUAUGAGUCCAAAGGAGAAUGGAGGUAGUACUUUAAAGAGAGCAAAUAGUGCCAGAGUGUUUGGAAAAAGCAUCCUCCAGGGAGACACUGUCAGCACAAAGGCACAGCCUUCACCAAAGGAGCAAGGGGCAGUGGAAAACUCCUCUCUUAAACUGAAAGAUGCAAACCGGACCACAAUAGGUAAAAUACUAAAGCCGUUACUGAAGUAAGGGGAGGUUUUUGAGUCUUAGAAUAUCUCUUGCACUGGAUGUCUCUGUUAUGGAAUUCCUUAAAACACUAACAUCGCUGAUAAGCGGCAUCAUGUGCUUUUUAAUGUACCACACACCAAUGGAAAAGGGCAACUGGUUGUGUUCUGGUCUAAAUCCUCUGUUAAGAAUUUGGAUGUCUUUGAAGCCACUGUGAUGGAAUAAGAGCGUAACAGCAAGUCUUUGAGCAUUUGUGAUACGGAAGGUCACCAAAAGCCAAAAAGUUUGAAGAAGAUAAGCUAUGAGAUGAAGUGCUUCAUGAUAGAAAACAUGGAUAAAGGCCAGUUUUUGUGUACAUGAAAUUUUUCCUGAGACUCAAACGUUUGUGUUUGUAGGUUUCUUACUCACUGUCAAAGAGAAUCCCGUGGAACAGUACUGAAAAUGAAUGUAGGUGAUUGUGCUUUACAUUGUUUCUACUGCCUUGGAUUCAGGAACUUUUUUGCCUGUUGCAAAGUCCAAUGCUGGCAAUUGGACGGACUGGGAACUGCUGGCCAAAAAAUAGUAAAAUGGGAUAUUUGCUGUUUGUGGCUGUCUUUAACCUAACUGAAGAAUUUUUAGCAUGUUUUAUGAAUGUGUUCGUGUGUCUGGAGAAAACCUCCUGCUGGCCAGGAGGCUUAUUCUCCAGGAAUGUGGCAGCAUUGUCUUGCAUGCACAAGUAGAUAGGGCUGGCCAUUGGAAGGGCCACCAGUAAUCACUGGGAUGAUGACUACUUCUCAUCUGACUUGUUCCAGUCACAAGCAAACUUGCCAGCUUUUGGUCAUACAGAAGUGCCAUAUAUUUAUGAUACAUAUCAAGGAUGUUUGCAGUUCAGCUCUUGAAGGCUGCAUUGUAGUGCUGAGCACUUUCUUACUUUUCCAUGUUUCCACUGGUUUAUGUACUACCAAAUUACUUGAAUGUUGCAAUGGCUCUGAUUGAGCCAUCGGUUUCCCUGCCUCCUCUCCUUGUCAACGUGAAUAUUUAGCAUGAAACACGGAGCUUACGCAUGACAAUGUUUUUGUAGACUUUCUUCGUUGCUUCAAAUGUGGUUUUUAAUGUUUAAAUACUCCAAAGGAUGAGUUAAACUAGUAUUUGAUAAGCUUUUUACAAAUAAAAACACCUCCUUUUUCCUGCGGAUACGAAUUUUCAUGUCUUGCUAGUCUAAGGUACGGAGAAUGAGGGAGAACUUGUUCAGCGUGCCAUGCAUCUUCCUAAGGGAAAUGUUUGUAGGUGGGGAAACUGAUCACUGUUCUCCUGAGCAUCCUAUUUAAAGAGUUGCCUUUCCACUCACUUACAGAUGAAGCCUCAUUUAAUAAUAAAAACAAGAAUAAAAUAAAAUGGAAAUCUCUUCAGACAAGUGGCAUUGACUUAGGGUAGAUCUGCUUUUCUACUCUAUCCCUCAGUGCUGGAAGUGUAUAGCUCAGUGAGAAUGAGCCGUUUAAUUGCUCAUGUGCAUCUCAAGGGCUAGUAUCAGGGACAGCUACCUUUGUCUUUUGAAGUUGGUAAGGGGCCCUUAGUGUUUCCUGAUGUCUUACUGCAGACAUUGUACCCAAACACCGCAAAGUAUUACAUAGGGCCUCUUGUUUGAGUCUGUCCCACAGGGAGAAUUUAUAUAGCCCACAUUUUGGCAAGGGUGAAUUUUUUGUUUGAAACACCCUGUAUAAGCUUUUUGAAUGCUGCCUCCCUUGUGGGUUACAUGAAAGAAAAGCAUCUCCCUUCUCCUUGUUUGUAUCUGUAUGUAUGUAUGCCCAUCUGCGAGAGCAGAUGAUUGACUCUUCUCCUUUACUAAGAAAAAAAAGAAAAAAAAGCAACCAAACUUUUAUUGGUAGCGAGCUUGAAAAAUAAUUUAAAUGUGUUUUGGUAUAUGUAAAUUUCUAUAAAUCUGUGUAAAUGAAAACUGAAUGUAUUUAAUGGAGCAUUUAUACAUUUCGGAGUAACUUGGUAGUUUAAUAAAGUUCCCAUUUACUGGGUAUGGGCUUCA